AUGAAAAACGACCUGAGUAUUUUUUACACGGAAGCUGCUUAUUUAGUUUGUCUAGUCAAAGGACAAGUUUGUCGAUUGAAAACUGGUUUGUAUACUAAUAAAUUUACAAGCAAUUUACGAAAAAUCUAUGCAUUAGCAUCAAAAGCUCUUAGUUCCUAUGGGAUAUUACUUCAAACUCUUAAAAAAGCCAAUCUUCAACCAACAACUAAAAUUAUUCAUUUAUCUUCAAAAAACAAUCCUAACAAUAAUAAUGAUGAUAAUGAUGUACAUGCUUGUGCUCAUUGUUAUUUGAUUGUUUUAAUUCAUGAUUUAUUAAAAGAAAAGAAAAUAUCUCAUCAUUUUCUACUUUCACAAAUUCAUGAAUUAACUAAAGAUUCUUUAGCUGUAAAAAAACUUCGUCAUGCUUAUCAAUCAGUUGAUAAAUCAUUCAAAUCACAAACUGAAAAUCAAAGACAAAAUAAAGGAUUACUUCCAUGUUAUGCUCGUGUCAAUUUCUUGAAAACUACACUAGCUGAUGUUAUUGAAAAGCUUGAAACUUGUGGACUUAAACAUGUGGAAUAUAAUCGAUCAGAAACUUCUUAUCGAAAAUUUCGUAAAAAAGUUUGUAAUCUUGAUCGUGGUGAAUUCAUGUUGGAUUAUCAUCUCCCUCAUCUACUGUUAGUAUUUCCCUCUGGUACUGUUUUACAUGAUUUAGAAUUGUACAAAUCUAAAUCUCUACUUAUUCAAGACAAGGCCAGUUGUUUCAGUGCGGAGAUUCUUCAACCAGAUCCAAAUUCAGAUGUUUUAGAUGCUUGUGCUGCUCCAGGAAAUAAAACAUUACAAUUAGUUUCUAUGUUGUCCAACAAAUCAACUAUUUUCGCUGUAGAUCGUGAUCCAAACAGAUUCCGACGUUUUACUGAAAAUCUAAUUGUCAAUGGAGUAGAACGAUUGUCAAUAAUGGAUUGGUCUAAUUCUAAUAAACAAAAUAAUAAACAUAGAAAAUCGGUUCAAAGUUCACAACCAUCCGUUGAAGCGUAUUGUUCAGAUUUCUUAUCUAUAGAUCCAUUUAAUCCAAAAUUUUCCAAUGUUCAAUCAAUUCUUCUUGAUCCUUCUUGUAGUGGUUCUGGUUUAUCAAUUCGUCAACCAGAUGGUAGUGAACAAUAUGAAAAAUGCACAUAUAAAGAUAGUAAUAAUUAUACAGAUGAAUAUAAUGAAGAAUAUACAUCUCGUUUAAAACGAUUAUCGAAUCUUCAAGCUAUGUUAUUAAAACAUGCAUUAAAGUUUCCAAAUGUUCAACGUGUUGUCUAUUCAACUUGUUCAAUACACCCUGAAGAAAAUGAAGCAGUUGUACGUGAAAUUGUUGAUUAUGCAUCAGAUAAAUUUUAUUUAGAAACAAUUUGGCCAUAUAUUGCAUCAUCUUCUAAUUCUAUAAAUCAACCAAUAUGGAAACAUCGUGGUCUAUCUGAUAUAUAUCAAUGUGAAUCAUGUAUACGAUCAUCUGAAAAAGAUUUAACAAAUGGAUUUUUUGUUGCUUUAUUUAUAAAAUAUAAAUCAAAUAAUUCAUUGAAUGUUACAUCACCACCACCAUCAUCAUCAUCAUCACCACCACCAUCAAUUAUGACUACUGAAUUAAGUGUACCUGGUAACUCAUCGUUGACAUCCAAUAAUAAUGAAAAUGUUAAUUUGGAAAAACAAGAACCAUUUACUUUUAAAAUACGAAAGAAAUGUAGAACUAAUCUUUAA